AUGAAGAUUGAAGGACGAACAUUCAUCGUGUCUGGCGGGGCAUCGGGCCUAGGACAAGCAUGUGUCGAGGACAUCUGUCGACGAGGAGGCUACGCGGCAAUUCUUGAUAUGAACGAAGAAAAUGCCAAUGAGGUGGUCAGUCAGAUUGGAGGUGACAAGACUAAGUUCUUUCAAUGCAAUGUUCUAGAGACGGAAAGCAUUGCUGCUGCAGUGAAGGGAUGUUUGGCCUGGGUCAAAGAAACAGGAAAGGAGGUUGGAGGAGUCAUUGCAGCUGCCGGGAUUGGAGCGCCGGCUAAGAUCCUAGACCGCAACCUUGAGCCUUUCUCCCUCUCAGACUUUGAAUUCGUAAUGAACGUCAACGUCCGAGGGACAAUAGAUCUCAUACGACAAGUCCUGCCUCACAUGGCUCAGACAAAGCUAGUAGGUGAAGAUGGCGAGCGAGGAAUCAUCAUUAUGGUAUCAAGUUCCGCUGCUUUUGAUGGUCAGCCUGGUCAAGUAUCCUACAGCGCAUCAAAGGGCGCCAUUCGUUCCUUGACACUUCCACUGACCAGAGAUCUUGCUCGUUACGGUAUACGCGUCGUUACUCUAGCACCUAGCAUUUUCGAUAGCAGAAUGACUUCGAUGAUGUCUGACAAAGCUCGUGCGAGUUUGACGAGGGUGAUGGAGUUCCCAUUGCGACCUGGCAGGGCACCCGAGUUCGCUCAGCUCGUGACGCAAAGUAUUGAGAAUGUGAUGUUAAAUGGUGUCGUACUUCGACUCGAUGGAGGCAUGAGAAUGCCCAGCAAGAUGUAA